CAUUGUCGAGAGCUCAAACCACGCGUAAACAUUUUUGUGUGUCUGUAUGCGGAGUAAAACUAUGGAACAAACUGGACUUACAACACAAGCAAUGCCAAACUAUUAAUGGAUUUAAACUAUUAUACAAACAUGGGGUCUGGUUCAAAUAUAGAGAUGAGGGUCUUUGAUUUGACCUGCUGUUGUACUCUGUCUCAAAGUGUUAACAUGUGCUCAAUGUUUCCUUACCAUUAUUGCUAUGUUGUCUAUUACCAUUGUUGGUAUUUUGUCUAUUACCAUUGUUGGUAUGUUCAUUCUUCCUAUAUUGUUGAUACAAAUUAUUGUUACAGUGUAAUAAUUAUUGUUACCUGUGGUAAUGCCACUAUGAUACAACAGUUGUAUUAUAAUCCUUAAACAAAGUAACAGUGAAACUAAUGUGAAUAAUCACUGAAUAGAGAACUGGGAGUGGGAUUAAAAAAGUUAUCUUCUUCCCACUCCCUUUCAGGCAAAACUGGACAAUCAUGCAUUACAUACUAUACAUUACCUUUUGCACUAUAUUAAUUUAUAUUGUUGUGUGUUGUCAACUUUGUACUUUUUUUAUGUCAUUGCCUGAAAUAAAUGAAAAUGAAAAAAACUAUCAUAACGAUUAGGAGAUGUACGUUGUUCCAGUGAUCAGGUCAAAGCACACGUAAGAUGAGUGAAGAGACAGGCAAAUGUCACUCCAAAAUACAAUAACUGUCAAAAUAAUUGUAGUGCAUUCAAUUAACACAUUUAAAAAUGUUCCUGGUUGACAUUCUGACAAUAAAAUGACAUGUGUGUCAAAGAUCAUUUAUACUGUGCAAGCGAGUAACAACCUGUGAUUAAUCAUGAUUACAUGUUUUAUGAACUGAUCCAAGCUUUUGAUUGGAUGUCAAAUCUGAGGCAUUUUGCCAGGACAAUGAACUUGGCUAAAUGUUCUUAGGAGGUGUCUGUGAUGUGCUCUGGUGAUCUUUAGGAUGUCUUGCAGGCCUCAGGGGUCAUCAAGGGGCAGCUGUCGGCUAUAAAAGGGGGCUUGUCUGCAGCCUCAUCCACACGUCACUUUCAGCCUGAGAGCAGCCGAGGGAAGGAAGGGAAGAAGAUCCUCACCGCUCGUUCGCUUUCUUCUUCCAAAUGGAACCCAGGACCCUUUUCUUGCUUCUUUUCUUGCUGUCUCAGCAUCACGCAGCAGCCAGGGACGUGGCCCUCCACCGCGGCGGCAGGUUCCCAACGUACAUGAUGCAGCUCUACCGCUCCUUCAGGGACGCCGAUGGCUCGUCGACGGCAGCUGUCAACAGUUCAGACGGCGGUCGGACGGCGCGAGAGUCCGACUCUAUCCUCAGUCUGAUGGCGAAGGGUUGCCAUCAAGCGGGGGACAGAUGGGUCGUCACGUUUGACAUGUCGUCCAUCUCCGCCGCCGACAGGGUGCACCUGGCAGAGCUCCGGGUCAGACUUCCAGGCGUGUCCGCCUCCAAGCGGGCCGUUGUGGAUUUAUACCACUCUGGUAAGGAUGAGCGCCGCCUCCUGGGCAGCAUCGCCGCGUCAGCCGGGAAGUCUUCCUGGAAGGUUUUCAACGUCAGCGCCCUGUUGAAGCGCUGGCUCUACCAGGGAGGGUCCGCCCAGGAGGCCUCGGGAGAGCCUGGGAGCGGUUCUGGCGACUACGGGGAUUUACCCACCUUCGAGAAUCCAAGAAAGCCGGCGUCGGGCACCAACCGAGCGAUGAUGCUGAUCUUCUUCAAACAUGACGUCCCUCAGGAGGCCGGCAGCCUCAUCAACACUGUGGAACACUCCAAGUACGUCGGCGUGGGGACGAGUGGCGGCGGCCACCAAAGUCGGCGCCAUAAAAGGAACAAGAUGGAGAGCGUGAGGAAGGUGGCGGCCCCCAAGGUCACUGUGGCGCCGUCACCCGGUGGCGUGCGCCAUCCUCUGUGUCGCAAGGUGGACAUGUGGGUGGACUUCGAGCACAUUGGCUGGGACGAGUGGAUCGUCCACCCGAAGCGCUUCAACGCUUAUCGCUGCGAGGGCGAGUGUCCGAUACCCUUGGAUGAGAGCUUCCGCCCUACCAACCAUGCGUACAUGCAGAGCCUCCUCAAACAUCAUCACCCAGAGAGAGUGAGCUGUCCAUCCUGCGUGCCCACACACCUCAGUCCUCUGUCCAUGUUGUACUACGAGAACGACGACCUGGCCCUGCGUCAUCACGAAGACAUGAUCGUUGAAGAGUGUGGCUGUCACUGACAACAUGCUUUCAUCUAUUUAUACACCAUGUAUAUGUUGUACAUAAAAUAUCCCAAAUAUAUUAAAACCUUUUAUUUUCACACAA